UUUACAGUGUAGGAUUAACGAGGGCGCAUGUAAAUAAAUCAGAAAGUCAGAUCAAUGGAGGGUUUUGAGCAGGAUUUAGUCGAAGCUCUGAGAGAUGUUGUGAAAGCAGGAAGCUGGCAGUGUGUUGGAGAUGCAGAGAGAUUCAAGUCACCGUGCACUAAGUUGUUCUCUGAGGAUGGAGAGAAUGUGGUUGUUGUGAGAACAGAUGAUGGACGGUUUUGGGCGAUGGAUUCAUCUUGUCCACAUGAAGGGGGUCCACUCGAUCAAGGAGACAUUGAGGACCUUGGAAAUGGCAAAAUGGCACUAAUAUGCCCAUGGCACUAUUUUGAUUUCAGUCUAGAGACCGGAUUGUCUUCCACAGGACUGCAGAAUCAAGUCUACGAUGUCAGAUUAGUGGAUGGAAAACUGUAUAUAAAUACUCAAAGUAGCUUGUCUCUCUAUCCAGUGCCUGUGACAAAAAAGGCAAACCAAGAUGCAGUGUUACCGAUGGAAACAAAGUUAGAAUCAUCAGAAAAUACACUCUGCUUCUGGGCCAGGAAAAUCCUCUGUACUCCAGACCCACUAGAAAAGGUGGCUUUGACUAAGCAAGUGCAGACCUGGUGGGACACUGGGGAAAUAACAGAGAUUGGUGAGUGUGCACCACCGGCUCAGCCUUGCAGAAUAGAUAGUCUGACUGUGGUGGCACCGGGCAAAAUCAAACGUGGCAAAGGAGGCACACAGGCAAGCAGAAUUGCAUUGCUUCAUUCUCUGGCUAAUAUAGAGCAGUGGGCUAUCGACCUCUCGUGGGACAUCAUCGCUCGAUUCUCUACAGUCAAACUUAGCACCGGAGACUCGCUGCCACGAGAGUUCUUCGGCGACUUUGUCAAAGUAGCUGGCGAUGAAGCCAAGCAUUAUGAAUUAUUAGAGCAAAGGAUCAAGGAGCUCGGCAGUUCUUUUGGUGCCCUUCCAGUACAUAAUGGUUUAUGGGAAUCAGCAGCAGAAACAUCACAAGAUCUUCUGGCUAGGCUGGCUAUAGUACACAUGGUCCAUGAGGCUAGAGGCUUAGACGUGCACCCUCAGACACUGUCCCGCUUUGCAGCGCAGGGAGACACGAGCUCAGUAAAGGUCCUGGAGGUGAUUUAUAAUGAUGAGAUAACGCAUGUUGCUGCAGGACUCCGAUGGUUCACUUACAUUUGCUCAAAGGAGCAAAGGGAUUGCCUUUCAACAUUCCACGACUUGGUUAAAUUGCAUUUUAAAGGGUAUUUGAAGCCUCCAUUCAACACAGAGGGAAGGAAGACAGCAGGAAUGACUGAGGAGUGGUAUGUUCCACUUGUGAAACCCUCCAGCUGAUUGAAGAGCUACUGUAGCAUUUCAGAUAGGAAGAUAAACUACUACACCUGUUCUACACCCAGACUGCACCUGUAAUACACAUCUGGUGGUAUCAAUGUCUCCAUUCCAAUGAACAUGUGGUUUUUAGUGUCUGUUUGCUGUUGUGAAAUGGUUGUAUGUACAGAAUAAAAAAUAUACUUAUAUGCAUAAUGAAAUAUGUGCACUGAAAAUUUUAUGCAGUAUUUCUGGAAAGGAAAUUAGAAUAUAUAUAUAAUAUAAUAUAAAAUAAAAGCAUUUUACUAGUGGUCCCAGACUCGUAGACCCCUGUUUGUGUUUGCGAGUCUGAGACCACUAGUAAAAUGCUUUUUAUUGGUUAAAUAUAUAUAUAUUUGGUUAAAGCCUGAUCCACCAAAACCACCAGAGUGUUUAUAGAGUUCAUAAUGCUCAGGUGGAAUAAAGCUCAGGAGCAAAUUUGCAUAAAUAAAUUCAGACAAUGGCAUUUGUGAUUUUAAGCAUUUCAUUUUCUUUGUUGAAUUUUUUUCAUUGUUCUAAAGCAUGUUGUUUAUUUCAAGUUUAAAAAAGUCCCAGAUUUUCAAUGUGACCUCAGAUGUUUGAACUCUACUGUGUGUGUGUGUGUGUGUGUGUGUGUGUGUGUGUGUGUGUGUGUGUGUGUGUGUGUGUGUGUGUGUGUGUGUGUGUGUUUGCAUUUUUUCUUUAUAUGCAGGCACCAUAUUUAAUAUUGUUGAAUAAAUACUAUACACUCAAUGUUUCA